UUUUUCUCUUUCUCUCUCUCAAUCUCGUGUGCAUGUCUUCAAUUCGUACCGUUGUAGGUCGAAGUGUCUGGCUCGUGACGAUGAACUGAGAAAAAUAGAAUUUCAUAUUAUUUGACAUUCCAAGUGUUGAUCGAUGAUAUGUGUGUUUUCUUUUUCUAUGAAUUGUACACUGUGACAAAGAAUACUUAUUUGCGUAUAACUCUAUUUCACCAGUGAAGACGAGUAAGUGACGCAAAAUUAACACACGAAAAAAAAGAAGCGAGAGAGGAGAAUUAAAGAAAAAAAUAAAAACACACAAACCAAAUACGUCAACAAGAAACGACUUUGCAUUGAUAGUAGCAAAUCAAACAAAACAAACAUAAAUAUAUAAUAUAUAUGUAUUUAUUUAUUUGCUGGAAUAUUGUACGUACGGUUAUGUGAGUUCUCGCAUAUUUUUCUAUUGUUGAAACGCAUUUAAAAACGAAACGGCUCAUCAGUUUUUUUUUGCUUCUUCAAAACGAAUUUCACAAAUUUUAAGUGAAUUUACAGUGUAUGUGUGUUUGAAUUGAAUUUUAGCAUUUUCGUGGAUGCUAUCCAAGAACAGGCAGUCAAAAAAAGAAUUUUGUUUCACAGUUGAUUCAAUUGGUGGAAAGCACCAUUUAUUCAUCACGCGCAUUUUUAUCUCUCGACACACCAAAUCGCCAAUAAAAAAAACCAAAACGAGCGAAAAAGCGAAAAUCCAUGCUUGUAAAUGCAGUGAUAUUUGUGAAUUGCCGUAAAUGAGACUCGUUUGAACAUUUUUUCGGUUUUUUUCUUUAUAUGGAUAUAUGUUUUGAUUGGGGUCUGUCAACUUUAUAUGUUUAACUGUGUUAUCGAAAUUCCGUAUUGUGUGACAGUUGAACAGUAAAAACGAAGUUCAAACGAAAACAACCUCGACAAAAAAAAUUGUUAUUUGGUUCAACGUGAAUUUAUUUUUUUGCGUAUCAUACAAUUCGUGAACGACUUGUAUUUGUGAAAGAAGUUGAGCAAAAAAAAAAAAUAAAAGAAAGUAACCGCAUUCGGAAUUGGGUCAUCACUAAUUUCAUCCAAAAUGAAAACUAUUUCCAAUUGAAAGUGUAUUGAACAACUUGAUUUACUCGGAAGAAGAAGAAAAAAAGAAUCUGUUCCGAUCACAAUCUCAAAGAAGGAAAAGAGAAAAAAAUAUGAAAUGUGUAAAGUGAGAUCGGCGGCAUCAAACAAUUCAAGCUAGCAACGACGGUCGCCGUCAUCAUCGUCAUAGCUGUUAUAUUUUGUACUUCUCAAUUUUAUAGUGAUUACACACGGAAAAUUCGUGCUCUACAGUUGCUGCUGUUAUUGUUGUUUGUGUAUUGAAUGUGUUUUUUUUUCUGGUGCUACUAUUGCUGCUGCUGCUGCUUCUUCUGCUAUUUAAGUUAGGCUGUUUAUAUUUUUUCCGUGUAUUUCUUGUAUGUGUUCUCAAAGUGCGUUGCUCUCUGCGUGUCCAUCACCAUCGUCAUCAUCGUCGAGCGCCUUUGCCACUGAAUGAAGGUUUUAUCGUGCAAGAAAAACAACACAAUUGUCGAGACUUAGACAUCGAUUAUUCAUCAGGCAGCAGCACAAACAAUUUAAUACUGAAACGAACAGGAAAACAAGGACAAUGUUCACAAGAGUAAAAAUAUGCGUUACAAUUCUCGAGGCAUUUUAAAUAACAAUACAAAUAUAAAACGAAUUAUUAUAAGAAAGAAUAACAGCCACAAACAUCAACGUGUCAAUAAUUGUAAAUUUUGUUUGUUAACGUGAUCUGCGUGUCUGAAAAACUAAUAUAUAUUUAUAUAGUUUUUUUCGUCGUCAAUUCUUCGUGUUUGAUAUCAAUAUCACAGAGUCAAAGACGUCCAAUUUACUAUUGAAACUCCAUAUAAACCCAAGUGCUUAAAAAUAAACAAACCCAAAAGAAAACCAAGACAAGAGGACAGAAAGAAAGAGAGUACGAAAACAAAGUGCAUUUUUUUAAAAGCAAAAAAAAACAUAAUAGAAGAACAAUAAUAAAAUCGCAUCCGUUUUUCUUGAAUACAUUCACUGUCACAAUUGCAUCGAACAAUUGUGUACACGGGACCAGUUUCCAUGUUAGCAUGCUAAUGGAUAAAACAAAACAGAAACUGUCAGCACCAUUUGUUGCUGGACCAGAUGCGAAUGCAUCGCGUCAACGACAUGCUCCUUUGUAUGGACGACUAGUUGCCGAAGAACACCUGCCAGCUGCUCAUCGGGAUGCAGUUCACCAACUUUUGCAGCGAACAAAUAGUCCAACAUCGUCGACAGAUAUUCGUGCGAUGCAAGCACGUAUCCCCACACAUUUCCGUGAUCCAUCGUUAGCGCCGUUGCGAAAACUCAGUGUCGAUUUAAUAAAGACUUACAAACACAUUAACGAGGUUUAUUACGCGAAGAAAAAGCGACGUGCCCAGCAAACACAGGGCGACGAUUCAUCGCAUAAAAAGGAACGAAAAUUAUAUAAUGAUGGUUACGAUGACGAUAAUCAUGAUUAUAUCAUUAAAAAUGGUGAAAAAUUCUUGGACCGAUACGAAAUCGACUCACUUAUCGGCAAGGGAAGCUUUGGGCAAGUGGUGAAAGCAUAUGAUCACGAGGAACAAUGUCACGUGGCAAUUAAAAUAAUAAAAAAUAAGAAGCCGUUCUUGAAUCAAGCACAAAUCGAAGUAAAACUAUUGGAAAUGAUGAAUCGAGCUGAUGCCGAAAAUAAAUAUUAUAUCGUUAAACUGAAACGACAUUUUAUGUGGCGAAAUCAUUUAUGCCUCGUGUUCGAAUUGCUAUCCUAUAAUUUAUAUGAUCUCCUGCGCAAUACAAACUUUCGAGGUGUUUCAUUGAAUUUAACGAGAAAAUUCGCCCAGCAACUGUGUACGGCGUUACUGUUUCUAAGUACCCCAGAACUAAACAUUAUUCACUGUGAUUUAAAACCGGAAAACAUUUUACUAUGCAAUCCAAAACGUUCAGCUAUCAAGAUUGUCGACUUUGGCAGCUCUUGUCAAUUAGGGCAACGGAUAUACCAAUACAUUCAAUCGCGUUUCUAUCGAUCGCCCGAGGUAUUGCUGGGAAUUCCAUAUGAUUUGGCAAUUGAUAUGUGGUCAUUGGGAUGCAUAUUAGUUGAAAUGCAUACCGGCGAACCGCUUUUUUCCGGCGGCGAUGAAGUCGAUCAAAUGAACAAAAUCGUUGAGGUGCUGGGUAUGCCACCAAAACAUUUGCUCGAUCAAGCGCACAAAACACGAAAAUUCUUCGAUAAAUUGGUGACCGACGGUAGUUAUGUGUUGAAAAAGAGUCAAAAUGGACGGAAAUAUAAACCGCCAGGAACGCGAAAAUUGCACGACAUUUUAGGCGUUGAAUCGGGCGGACCGGGUGGACGUAGAGCCGGUGAAGCAGGCCAUUCAAUAUCAGAUUACUUGAAAUUCAAAGAUUUGAUACUUCGAAUGCUUGAUUUUGAUCCAAAAACACGAGUCACACCGUACUAUGCCUUGCAACAUAAUUUUUUCAAACGCACAACCGAUUCUGAGCAACAGACACACACACAGUUUUUUAAACGAACCACCGACGAAGGAACCAACACCGCGAGUUUAGUGAAUUCAGUUAGUACGAGUCCAUCGGUUAGUUUGCAACAACAACAAGAUCAACAAAGUCAUGGUCUAUCAAUACCAUCACAACAUCAGCAGCAGCAGCAGCAACGUUCGGCCCGUAUUGAUCUAAUUAUGAAGUUGUUUCCCGAGCAAAAUGGCAACUUGAUGAAUUCACUGCAUAAUCAAUCGUCGUUACAGCCAACACUACAGCAAGCGGCUGCAAUUAUACCCACACUUGCCACCAACAAUAGUAGUAAUAAUAGCAUGGAACCAGUGAGCAGUAUCAAUCCGAUUGCAACAUCGUCCGCAUUAAAUAGUUUAGUGGUAAAUAAUUCGUCAAAUUAUCCGCUCGAAAUGGAAUGUGAUCCCGUAUCGAAUGCAUCAUUACCAUCAUCAUCAUCGACAUCGUUGAAUGCAUCGAAUCCAUCAUUACUGAAUUCACGGUACAAUUUUUUACUAUCUGGAUUGAAUCCGUCAGCAUCGAGCGGUGCAUUGCUUAAUGGUGGUGCCAUUGCAACAAAUUCAAUCGGUUCGAUUGGAUCAUUGUCGGCUGGUAAUCAUGGUCAUUUACAUCGAAACAGUAGUAAAUCCGCAUCGAAUGUUCUUCAAAAUUUUGCACCGACCUCGUUACCAAUUGGACUGUACAGUGGUAUGGGCAAUAAUGUUGCGGCCGCUGCUGCCGCUGCCGCCGUCAAUAGUGAUACACACUCUCUAGCUGCCUAUCAGCAUCAUUUGCUGACCAGCGGAGUUGGACCAAAUGGAAAUAUCGCUUACAUACCAUAUUCCAUGAGCAGUGAAACUGUACCAAAAAACAAUAGUACGAUGACAUCAAGUUCGUCUUUGUCCAGCUCAUAGAAUAUUUCAGAUUUUUUUUUUUGUUACGAUGUAUGUGUUUUUUUGCUGCUUUGUUUCCUUUUUUAAAAAAAAGACACUGGCCAUCUCUCCAUUUGACAUCUCAUUUAUGAAAGCGAAUGUAAAUGUGUUAUGUUAGAAUGUGUUGUAGUGGAAACCAAAAUGUCUCGAAAUUCAAACAGUCAAACCAGACAAAUGUUGUUUUUUCUUCUUUGAGUUAAUUGUAUUGUGUUUAUGGGAGGAUUUGAACCGAGUUGAGAUAAAUAAUUGCAUGAAAAUAUUGUAAAAUAUCAAGUGCAUUUGAUAUUUGUGUUCAGUAUAAAGUUUAGGGCAAUGGAAUAAAUGGAUGAAAAUUAUAUGAAUGGGGUAGAAUAAAAACUACUUCUCGAAAAAUGUUUAAACACGAAACCUAAAAAAACUU